UGAGUAAUCUAAACUGGACCACGGACACGAUUUUUACAUUUCAAACGAGAAAAUUUCCCAAGCGAAUAUGAAGAUUACAUAGAGGGCUUCCAAAAUGUCUGUCCAGACAAUGUGUUUGGCGCUAAUAUUCUGUGCCACUCUCUUUUUGGGUGUGAUAGAAUGCAUUGUGUAUGUGAAAAACGGCCGCGAAGCCAAUUUAGGUGAUUUUCCGUGGCAAGUAUCGAUUCGGGAUUUAAGUCCGUCGGUGCACGAGUGCGGAGGUGUCAUCAUUUCCAAAAGCUGGAUUCUGACCACCGGAAGCUGCUUGAAAGGAGUUGUAAAUCCACUCAUUUCGACCGGCACAAUCGACAUAUUAAAUCCGGGAAUCGUUUACGAGGUCGGCCUAAUCCGCAAUCACCCUGACUACCAGCAGUAUUCAAAUUCAAACGACAUCGCUUUGCUCAAGACCAGGUUUGAUAUCAACUUCAACGAUUUCACUAAAUCAAUUCCUCUGACGGACGAUCCGAUUUCUGCAUAUAACAAAGGAGAACUCGCUGGCUGGGGGCUGGACCACUAUGAGGCAGCACUUUAUUCUAAACAUCUAAGGAUAACUGAGAUGACCGUGAUGGAUUCGGAAGUGUGUCGAUCGUUGUUCUCCCAGAAAAACGUGCCGCUGGGCGGAGAUCAGUUCUGCGCUGGCUCCGCCAUCACGGGCGCUUGUCGCGGAGACGAAGGCGGCGGCUUCGUCUCGCGGAAACAAAAUUCGGACGAAAGUCUGCUGGUAGGGCUGAUCAGCGACAACUUCUGCUCCCUCAACAACUUCCCGACGGCAUUCACCGACGUCUACUUCCACCGCGAGUGGAUCAGGAAUAUCACCGGAAUUUAAAAUUGACACUGCUAUAAUUUUAGGAUUAGAAUAAAAUUUUGUUUCUUAAAC